GAUUUGCAGUUCCGUCGAGAUGUGGAAGAUGAGAAGCUCUGGAUCCAAGAGAAGAUGCUGUUGGCUACUUCAACAGAUUAUGGAACCACACUCUUUCAUGUCCUCAUGUUGAUCAAAAAGAACCAGUCGCUGAGGACAGAGGUAGACAAUCAUGAGCCUCGAAUCCACCUUGUUUGUGACAAUGGGGCAAAGCUGAUCAAUGAAGGGCACAAGGACUCAGAGGAAUUUUCUCAGCUCAUUGAGGAGCUACUUGAGGCAUGGCAGGGCCUCAAGGAUGCUAUGGAAAACCGCAAGAAGAACCUCCUCAUUUCUGAAAGAGCUCAGCAGUACUUCUAUGAUGCCAGUGAAGCAGAGUCAUGGAUGAGUGAGCAGGAAUUAUACAUGAUGGUGGAAGAUCGUGGCAAGGAUGAGAUCUCAUCCCAGAAUCUAAUGAAGAAGCAUGAGAGUCUGGAGAAGGAUGUGGAAGAUUAUGCAGAAACUGUAAGGCAGCUUGGAGAACUGGCACGCCUGCUCAUUGCAGAACAGCACCCUGAUAGGCAUGGAAACUCUACUCUUUCUUGGAGAGAGGACUUGGCCAAUGAAAGGAGGGCCAAGCUGGAGGAAGCUCUCCAACUCUUCACACUUCAUCGUGAAGUUGAUGAUCUCCAGCAAUGGAUUGCUGAGAGGGAAGUUGUGGCUGGAUCUCAUGAACUUGGGCAGGAUUAUGAUCAUGUCACGAUGCUUCGUGAACGUUUCCGUGACUUUGCUCGUGACACGGAGACCAUUGGAACAGAGAGGGUGAGCAAUGUGAAUGAGUUUGCAGACCAACUGAUCAUGAAUGGACACACUGAUGCAGCAACAAUUGCUGAAUGGAAGGAUGGCCUCAAUGAAGAUUGGGCAGACCUUUUGGAACUCAUUGAUACUCGCACUCAGAUGCUCUCAGCAUCAUGGGAACUUCACAAGUUCUUCCAUGACUGCAAAGAUGUCCUGUCCAGAAUCAUUGAGAAACAGAAUUCCAUGUCAGAUGAACUGGGCAGAGAUGCUGGUGCUGUCAAUGCGCUGCAGAGGAAACACCAGAAUUUUGUGCAAGACCUUAUGACUCUUCAGUCACAAGUACAACAAGUGCAAGAAGAUUCAGCCAAGCUUCAGGCUGCUUAUGCAGGAGAGAAAGCAAUGGAGAUCACAAACAAGGAAUUUGAAGUGGUGAACGCUUGGAGGAACCUCCAGCAAAAGUGUGAAGCUCGGCGCAUGAAACUGGCUGACACUGGUGAUCUCUUUAAGUUCUUCAUGAUGGUCAGAACUCUGAAGCUAUGGAUGGAUGACAUUGUGCGCCAGAUGAACACCACUGAAAAACCAAGGGAUGUGAGUGGAGUUGAAUUGCUCAUGAACAAUCAUCAGAGCCUAAAAGCUGAGAUUGACACAAGAGAGGACAACUUCUCAGGCUGCAUAAGUCUCGGAAAGGAACUGCUGUCACGUAGCCACUAUGCAUCAGAGGAGAUCAAGGAGAAACUGGUUUCCUUGACUAACCAGAGAAAUGUGAUGCUGCAUCGUUGGGAGGAAAGAUGGGAACACCUUCAGCUUAUCUUGGAGGUGUACCAGUUUGCUCGAGAUGCAGCUGUGGCUGAAGCAUGGCUCAUUGCACAGGAGCCCUAUCUUCUCAGUCAUGAACUAGGGCAUACCAUUGAUGAAGUGGAGAAUUUAAUAAAGAGACAUGAGGCAUUCGAGAAGUCUGCUGCAGCCCAAGAAGAGAGGUUUGCAGCAUUGGAACGCCUGACAACUUUGGAGUUGCGUGAGCAGGAACGACAACUAGGUCUGACUUUAACAGAGGAAGAGAGACAGGCCCUGUAUGGCCAGGAAGGGGAAGAGUCUGACACGGUGAUCAUCCUGCCCCUUUUUCAGCUUGUUGUCAUCGUCAUCCACAAGACUUUUGAACUGAAAGCACUGGAGCGACGUAGAGAAGAAGAAGAGAGGAGGAGGUUGGAGGAAAUUAUCAAAAUGGCACCACCACCAAAGAUGGAAGCAACUCCACCUCGAGAUGUGCCAGAUAUAGGUGCAUUCGAUGAGAGGGGAGCAGCUGCUGCCAGAGAACGAGAAACUGAAAGAGAAGCUAAGGACGGGAAGAAAAAGAAGUCCAGGGCUCGCAGCAAAUCACCAUUCCGAAGUUUCCGAUGGAAGAAAUCAAAGACUCCACCACAGGCAACACAGCCUGGGAGUGCAAGUGAUGAUGAGGCUAAUAUCGAGGCUGCUCGAGAGCGGCCAAAAGGAGAGGAAGAGGAAAAGACUGAGGGAAUUCUACAUCGUAAGCAUGAGUGGGAAUCAACAACCAAGAAGGCCACGAACAGAUCAUGGGACAAGGUGUAUGUGGCCUUGCAUGGUACAAGCCUCCAGUUCUACAAGGACCAGAAGUCUCGAUCAACUGCCCCUGAUGUCUAUUAUCAUGGAGAAGCUCCAUUGGACAUGACCAAUGGCUCUGUGGAGGUUGCAUCCGACUAUACCAAGAAGAAACAUGUUUUCAGAGUCAAGCUCUCCAAUGGAGGAGAAUAUCUGUUCCAAGCCAAAGAUGAUGAGGAGAUGAAUGACUGGGUGAAGGCCAUUCAAGUAGUUCUCUCUGAUGGGGACAAGGGACCAUCCAAGGCCCAGACACUCCCAGCAUCUUCAUCUGAAAAGCAUGAAGCUAAGAAGAAAGGAUUCUUCACCCUGAAAAAGAAAUGAGAGAAGCACGUGUAGAUAGAAGACAGAAUGGAAACAAAGAAAUUCUUUUUUUAAUCAUAUUAGUAUUAAUUAAAUAUGCCAAUCAAUCCUAAUGGAGUUGAAUCAUAGCCUGAGCAGAUAGCUUCCCUUGGUGAUGGACUCUGCUUGUCUCCCAUAGUUCCUGAUUCUCAUGUUUUUAUCCCAAGUUGCAAAACAGGAAGCAAAGAAUACAUUGAAAAAUAUCCCCCCAACAGUUGCUUCCGUGGCAGGUCAAAAUACACAAGUCAGAGCUCUAUAUGGGGUGUAUAGAGACCUCUGAGAAAUCUUUCUGGAGUUUUUGGAUGUGAGUUGCUGGCCAGAGUGGAAGAGGAUGUGAAUUUUUCAGUUGUGUGGGUGAUUUUUCCUUGUGAAGUGCUACUACUGCCAUUUUUAUCAAUUUGCAUCACAUUGACUCGGUUUUUGCAUCUUAGUCUUGUUAGUUAUUCCCAUGCAGUUGAACCCCCUCCCCCUCAUAUCUUGGAGACGCAAAGGCCUCCCGAGUCUGUGAUACACACUCCUGACUGGAAGGUGUCAAAAACCUAAAACAGUGCAAAACAAACAACUAGAGCUACUUUGGCACUAUGGACAAUGGAUGACACGUCUCUUCUGUAAUUUUGAUUGACCAAGGCCGAUUUGGGGAGAUGCAGCACAGAGAUUUUCUUUCCCAAGAUCCUCUUUAUUUGCUUGCUAUUUGACAGUUGGAAGGAGAAGGAAAGAAUAAUUUCGAACUUUCUCUGACU